GGGGUGGAGGUGCCUGGUUCUCCGAGCGGGACCAGUGGAUCAAGCGUGAGGGAGACAGGGACUCAGGCUACGAUAGACGUGAAUGGGACCGCCGCCGUGAGAGCUACAGCAAUGACAAGUACCACGACCGAGAUCGUGAUCGUGACAGGCGUCGGAGCCCUGAUGAUCGAGAUGACCGCCGAGAGCGUGAUCUUGAUGGCCAUCGUGGGGAUCGAGAUCGGCGUGAUGCGGCGUGAGCUGGCUGAUCGUGAUCCAGAGUAUCGUGCGUUCGUCAAGGACAAGAAGGACAGGGCCGAGGAGAUGCAGCUACGACGUCAAGGGGAGUACAUCGCGGCGGCGAUGAAGACGGCCUUCGGGGACCGCAUCUCGAAGCUCGAGGGCGACAAGGACAAGGACAAGGACACCAGCAGGGACAAGGAGAAGGACGACAACACGAAGCGUACCUGGACCCCGACUCCUGUGGCCGAGCCCCCCGAUGCAGGAGAUAUCAUGGGGCGACCAGAGGUCGGAUGGCUCCAAUCUGUCAUUGGGAAAAAAUGCAGUCUUCCUGGCAAGCUCACAUGGGGCCAAGCGACUAAGAUGCUCGAGGAGGCGAUGAAAGACAAGGUUGUGGUUGGGCAAUGCAACAAAUGCAUCGAGGCCCACUUCCCGCGCAAACAGGUCCCUGCCUCCAAGACGAAGAAGGCCAUGAUGGUGCUCAACAUCAUCAACG